AUGGCGGUAGAAGACACUCCCAAGCCUGUCGUUACGGAAGAAGCGAACCCUAAUUCUGCAGAGAACCCAAUCGAUCAGUACCAUGAGGAAGGUGACGAUGCCGAGGAAGGAGAGAUCGUCGGCGGCGGAGAAGGAGGAGACGGAGAUGUAGACGAAUCGAGCAAAUCCGCCGUUCCUCAAUCGCAUCCGCUGGAGCAUUCGUGGACUUUCUGGUUCGAUAAUCCUUCUGUUAAAUCGAAACAGACCACUUGGGGAAGCUCCUUGCGUUCCGUCUUCACCUUCUCCACCGUCGAGGAAUUCUGGAGUUUGUACAAUAACAUGAGGCAUCCGAGCAAGCUAACUCAUGGAGCUGACUUCUACUGUUUCAAGCACAAUAUCGAACCAAAGUGGGAAGAUCCUAUUUGUGCAAACGGAGGCAAAUGGACUAUGAACUUCCCCAAGGAUAAGUCUGAUAAGAGCUGGCUUUACACUCUGCUUGCAUUGAUUGGGGAACAGUUUGAUCAAGGAGAUGAAAUCUGUGGAGCUGUUGUGAACAUUAGAAAAAACCAAGAAAGGAUUUCCAUUUGGACCAAGAACGCUUCCAACGAAUCUGCUCAGGUGAGCAUUGGGAAGCAAUGGAAGGAGUUUCUUGAUUACAGCAACAGCAUAGGUUUCAUCAUCCAUGAGGAUGCAAAGAAGCUGGACAGAGGUGCAAAGAACGCUUACACCGCUUAA